AUGGCACUGACCGGCGUUGAGCAUCACGUAGCCGAGGCUCCCUCACCAGUACAGCUUUCAAUUGUUCACGGCCCAGCUGAUGUGCCACUCCUUGACUUCAAGCUGGCAGAUCUGCUGGACUUCCAGUGCAUCAAAUAUGGGUCCAAGGAGUGCUUGGUCAUACCAUGGACCGGAGCGAGAUGGACCUACGAAUGGCUCAGGCAGGAAAGCGUUUGGCUUGCAAGAGCACUGGCGGAGAGAGGCGUACGACCCGGUGACAGGAUAGGCAUCAUGGCGGGUAACUGUGAGCACUAUGCUGUGGUAUUCUUCGCUUGCACGAGAAUCGGUGCGAUACUGGUCAUUCUCAAUAACACAUACACUGCUUCUGAAGCACAUUAUGCCCUAGAAUUCACAGAAUGCAAGAUGCUUUUCACAACACCUUGGAUAGGACGCCACGACAAUAGGAAGCUGUUGGCAGAUAUCGCCCUAGGGCGGCACUCAGGCCUCGAGGUUGUUAUUCUUCGAGGCUUCCCGGGUACCUUCACCUCUUACAAUAGCCUGCAAGAAGAAGGGUCCCUCCUACCAGACGACAAGGUUGAAGAAUGCAAUCAGGGUUUCACCAACCAUGAUGUGUGCAACCUCCAAUUCACCAGUGGUACGACGGGCAGUCCCAAGGCUGCUUCUUUGACGCAUCAUUCUAUCGUCAAUAAUGCACGCUUCAUCGGAGAUCGGAUGGCUCUCACUUCCGACGACGUGCUAUGCUGUCCACCUCCGCUCUUCCACUGCUUCGGUCUCGUUCUAGGCCUGCUCGCCAUCAUCACUCACGGCGGUAAGAUUGUCUACCCCACGGAAAUAUUCGAGCCGGCAGCCUGCCUUCGAGCCAUCUCGGAGGAGCAAUGCACCGCGAUCCAUGGUGUGCCAGCUAUGUUCGACUCUCUGUUCUCCUUACCGCGACCCGAGUUCUUCGAGUCAACACGCCUCCGUACCGGCAUCAUCGCUGGUGCUCCUGUACCCAGACACCUCAUGGAGGUCAUGGUGCACGACCUCGGAAUGACCGAGUUCACGAGCAGUUACGGAUUAACAGAGGCCUCGCCGACGUGUUUCAACGCCUUUGUGACCGACAGUAUCUCGAAAAGGCUCAGUACUGUAGGCACGGUGAUGCCGCACGCUCACGCCAAAAUAGUGGACCGGGAUGGAAACAUCGUGCCCAUUGGAACGAGAGGUGAACUCUGUAUGGCAGGCUACCAGCUACAGGCCGGGUACUGGAACAAUAGAGAAAAGACAGAGGAGGUCAUGGUCCGAGACGAGGACGGUGUGCUGUGGCUACACACGGGAGAUGAGGCGUUCUUCCAUCCCGACGGCAGCUGCACCAUUACUGGGAGGUUCAAAGACAUCAUCAUCCGAGGCAAGUGGAUUUCCCGAACAGUGGCUAUCCGACUAACCAAACCUCCAGGUGGUGAGAACAUCUAUCCGCUUGAGAUUGAAGAACGUCUCUGCGCCCACGAAGCAAUCGACCGCGCCAUCGUCGUGGGAGUCAAACAUGAAAGGCUAGGCGAAGUAGUGGCCGCCUUCCUCCAGUUGUGCAGCGGUCAGAAGAGACCGAUAGACCGUGAGAUCCAGGACUGGGUGAGACAGAAACUCGGACGACACAAGGCACCGGCCCACAUUUUCUGGCUGGGCGAAGAUCGGGUGCCCAGCGAUGUGCCCCUGACGGGUUCUGGCAAGGUCAAGAAAUUCGAGAUGGCGAAACUCGCCGGGCAGCUCUUGCGGAGGGAAGGUCCAAGACUAUAG